CGUUUACCUCAUGAGUACGCAGAUGAUCCAUCCCCCUUUAGUAUCUUCCGCCUUUUUUUCCCGAUAAAAUAUUCGACACAAUUGUGUCAAACAGCUACGCAGAAAUAAAGAUGGCGGGAGUUGCAGGUCGUAGUUGGACGUCGUCCUAGGGAAACGAGUACCAAUGGCUUAAAGAUAAGAAAGGCAACUCUCCAAGAAAAGACCUUAAUAUUCUAAAGGUCGUUGAUGAUUACAAUUACCACAUGGGAGGGGUCGAUAUUGCAGAUCAACUGAGGUCCUAUUAUAACACCCAACAACCCUCACGACACAACUGGCUGCCCCUCUUUUUCUGGUUGUUGGACACCUCAAUCGUCAACUCCUAUAUUAUUAGCCUAAAAACAGGCUCCACUCGCACACACUGGGAGUUCCGAUGCAAGCUUGUCUGGGGUAUCAUCAAUUCUGUUCAUGAGAACAGAGGCUCAAGUCUCAAGAAGACACAGCGUCAAAGAGUAACUAAAUACUUCAAGUUACCUGAGUGCCGCUUCGAGAGUGAUGGUCAUUGGCAGGAAUUGAGAGAUGAAGAGCGUGCAAUAUGUGUAUGGUGCUCCUGGGUCGCACGCCAAGAAGCAAAAGAUAGUGGAGCCCCAUCGCACGGGACGAACAAAACCCAAACAUGGUGUGAAAAGUGCAACGUCCCUCUUUGUUUUAACAGCAAUCGAAAUUGUUUUAAAGCCUUUCACACUCAAAAAUAAAGUUCAACUUAAAAAUUUUUCAUGUUUUUACAUGGGUUUAGUAAUCCAAAAUAUAUAAAUUUGUCCUACAAACCUUACGGUUAAGGGAUAAUAACUU